AUGUCUGCCACAAAACACCCGCCAACUCCCUGUCCUUUACUAUCACUUGUGUCUAUCGCUUGUCUAUCUCUCGUAACGAUGUCUUUGUCUAACGCUAUGCUAUUCUCUACUCAAUUGUCUCUCGAUGUCUGUCACCACCUGUUCUCCACUUCGAUACGACUACUACAGCAGGACUUCCUGAGCUCCCGGAUCGCGCUCUAUAAGGCGGCGCACGUCUACUUCACGGAGUCGUGUCCGGACGAGCUGUUCAACGAGCUGUGUAAGAGUCCGUGCGCUAAG